AUGGAAAUUUUCACGUCAACAAACUGGACCAUGGACAACCCAUCACCUGCUUGUGAAUGCAGCUGUAAUGGCAAAAAGAAGAUGCUUCCAGAAUGCCCUGCUGGUGCAGGUGGACUGCCACCUCCUCAGAUUAAGAUGAGUGAAACUGAGACCCUCCAGAACCUGACGGGACGAAACAUCUCAGACUAUCUCGUGAAGACCUAUGCACAGAUCAUUGGGAAAAGGUAUGGCCUGAUAAUAUGGGUGAAUGAAUUCAGAUAUGGAGGAUUUUCAUUGGGAGCUAGAAGCACUCAGGUACUUCCUCCUGCUGAAGAGAUCGACGACGCCAUCUCCAGAGUCAGGGAAAUCUUCCAACUGGGGAAGGACUCAGGAUCAGCGGCCGACCGUUUUUUAAAAAGCCUGUCUGGCUUCAUCAAUGGGCUGGACACUAAGAAUAAUGUCAAGAUAUGGUUCAAUAACAAGGGCUGGCACAGUAUUGGAGCCUUCCUCAAUGUAAUGAACAAUGGUAUCUUGCGUGCCAACUUACAACCUGGCAGAGACCCCCAUCAGUUUGGCAUCACUGCGUUUAACCAUCCGCUCAAUCUGACCAAGGAACAGCUUUCUCAAGUGGCCCUAAUGACCACCUCAGUGGACGUGCUGGUUUCCAUCUGUGUGAUCUUCGCCAUGUCCUUCGUCCCCGCCAGCUUCGUUGUCUUCCUCAUUCAGGAGCGAGUGAAUAAGGCCAAGCACAUGCAGUUUAUCAGCGGAGUGCAGCCAUACCUCUACUGGCUGGCCAACUUUCUCUGGGAUAUGUGCAAUUAUGUAGUUCCUGCUACUCUGGUGAUCCUGAUCUUUGUGUGCUUUCAACAAAAAGCCUACGUCUCUGCAACCAACCUGCCUGUUCUUGCCCUUCUACUGCUUCUUUAUGGAUGGUCCAUCACUCCUCUUAUGUAUCCGGCUUCAUUCCUCUUCAAAAUCCCCAGCACUGCUUAUGUGGUGCUCACUAGUGUCAAUAUCCUGAUUGGGAUCAAUGGCAGCGUGUCCACUUUUGUCAUGGACUUAUUUGGAAGUAAUGAGGUUGGUGGCCUAAAUGACAUCCUGAAGAACGUUUUGCUCAUCUUCCCGCAUUUCUGCCUGGGUCGAGGUCUCAUCGACAUGGUGAAGAAUCAGGCCAUGGCUGAUGCCCUGGAGAGAUUUGGUGAGAACCGUUUCCGUUCUCCAUUGGAGUGGGACAUGGUGGGCAAGAAUCUUUUUGCUAUGGCUGUGGAAGGAUUGGUUUUCUUCAUCAUCACAGUCCUUAUCCAGUACCGUUUUUUCUUUAAACCCAAGUCUUUAAGUGCCAAGUUGACUCCGAUUGGAGAGGAAGAUGAGGAUGUGGCCAGAGAGAGGCAGAGAAUCAUGAGUGGAGCUGGACAGGGAGACAUUCUUGAACUCAGACAACUCACUAAGGUGUACAAGCGGAAACAGAAGCCCGCUGUCGAUCGUCUGUGUGUUGGCAUUCCUCCGAGUCAGUGUUUUGGUCUGCUUGGUGUCAACGGAGCUGGAAAGACAAGUACUUUUAAAAUGCUGACUGGAGACUCUGUGGUCACCAAAGGAGAAGCAUUCUUGGCUGGGAAAAGUAUACUCCGAGAAAUAGAUGAAGUACAUCAGAACAUGGGCUACUGCCCUCAGUUUGAUGCCAUCAAUGAUCUGCUGACAGGACGGGAACACCUGGAAUUCUAUGCCAUCCUGCGCGGUGUACCCGAGAAUCAAGUUUGUGAGGUGGCGGAGUGGGGUAUCCGUAAACUAGGCCUCGUGAAGUACGUGGAUAAGAAAGCAGGAAGCUACAGUGGUGGCAACAUGCGCAAACUCUCCACCGCCAUAUCACUCAUUGGAGCCCCACCAGUGGUCUUCCUGGAUGAGCCCACCACUGGAAUGGACCCCAAAGCACGACGAGCACUGUGGAACUGCAUCCACAGCGUCAUCAAAGAGGGACGCUCUGUCGUACUUACCUCACACAGUAUGGAGGAAUGUGAAGCGCUGUGCACCAGGAUGGCCAUCAUGGUGAACGGCAGGUUCCGCUGUCUGGGUAGCGUCCAGCACCUGAAGAACAGAUUUGGCGAUGGGUACACCAUAAUUCUGAAGGUUGCGGGCCCAGAUCCUGACCUGCAGCCGGUGAUGAAGUUCAUUGAGAGCGAGCUGCCAGGAAGCACCCUGAAAGAAAAACACAGAAACAUGCUGCAAUACCAGCUUCCCUCGUCCCUCACCUCCCUCGCUCACAUCUUCAGCAUCCUCGCUAAGAACAAAGAGUUUCUCAGGAUAGAAGACUACUCUGUGUCCCAAACCACUCUGGACCAGGUAUUUGUUAACUUUGCCAUGGACCAGAGUGACGAUCACUCAGACAGCUCCAUUCAUCGUAAAGACACAGCAAUCAACAUGGCCCUCCUGAGCCCUCUGUCUGCUAAAGAGAACACGGAGAAGCCAGUAGAAAGCUUUGUGUGAGCCGGAGACUCUCUUUACACUACAUGCUAACUGAAACAAGUGGAUUCCACAUAUUUCACAAUGUUUCUGUGGCCUUUGAGUUGCGGUCUGCCGUUCUGACCUCUGUGUGAAGAUAAACGUCUUCACCGGUCAGCGGAGAAGCAGAUACUGCAGCUGAGACACUCAAUGCAAGUCAAUGCAAAAAGAAAUUAAAAAGACUUCCCUCAUGUUUCUAGCCUGGCUGAAUCCAAACCACGUUAGUCACAGUGUUAAAAACUUGAAGCCAAAAUUUCUGGACAGACUCUAUUUUGUGCAGUCGUCGACAGAGAUCGAUUUUCAUCGUGCAAUAUAAUCGGCUCGAUGGAAUAAUACCAAUGAUCGAUAAUUCAGGGUCAGUGUAUUUGUAUUUUAUUUUUUAUUAAGACUAGAAGACUGGGAAUCACAUGCUGAAGAAUCAGAAUCGUUUGUGUGGCCCAGGGCUGAACUGCAAAACUGGAAACUGUACUAUGUUAAAAUGAUUUUGUCCUUGAUAUGUCUUUAUUUAUAAACAAGCAAUUGUUUUAGGUGUUUUAAAUAGUCAGAAGGGGCAUUAUUUUAUAGGCUGUUCUAUCCAAGAGUGCCUCAUGUUAUCUUAAUACUUGUCUUUGUGCAUGGGCGAAACAAAAAAGUGAUUGACUUCGUAGUAAAAAAAAAAUAUAUAUAUAUAUAAAAAAUAAUAAAAGAAAGUUUAUACAACUAAGCUUUUGGGUUACAAUAUGUAACAUACCUCGACUGACAAGGGACAUCCUAGUGGAUGCUCCAGGAGUCGCAUGAACAACUUCGAAGGAAAUCAUUUAAAACAUACCAUUUAUGUGCCUUCUUUCAUAUAAGGGCAUCUGGUCUGCCCUUCAUUGGAUCUCUGGACAAUUAAAUUCAGAAAUCAAUAAACAACACUGAUUCCAGCUGUAUAACAUAGCUGUUCAUUACAGUAAGUGUGAUCUCUGUCCAUACAUUGGAUUGUUAAAUCAGUAUUUUGGAUCUCAUUGGGAUUGGCGACAGCGUUGUCCGCCUUUCAUCCAAGCACUUUACUUGCUGUGUUAAUUGGAAUUUAUUUAAAGUCAAAAUGUGUUAAUUUUUUUUGCACUGGAUUCUCCACAGACAAUGUUUUUACUGUUUGUCAUUUACGGUUUAGUAUUGGUUUGGGUUCGACCAAAACCACAGAACAACAACAACAAAAAAAACCUUCAAGGAAAAAAACGUUUUAGUGCCACAGUGAUGUUCCUCAUUUAAUACCUGUUUACAUUUCAAAUUUAUGGCUGUGGAUUGUAUGUUACUCGCUUUGUACACUUACUGUAUUUAAACAAUUAAAUGACAAUUCUACAACCCUAA